CUGUUGCCAGAGUAACUCGGCGUUGGUGUUGGUGUUGUAUACUUCCUGUCGCAACCAUACCUGUUUCCUUGUGCUGAGCUCCUGAGGUGAUGGUCAUCAAAUCUGGCUGCCUUAGAUGCUCUCCAACGUCAUCAAACAGAAUCAUAGUGAAAGAUUCGUUUUCAUUGCAGAGUGGUAUGAUCCAAAUGCUUCACUAUUUCGACGUUAUGAGCUUUUAUUUUACCCAGGGGAUGGAUCUGUUGAAAUGCAUGAUGUAAAGAAUCAUCGCACCUUUUUAAAGCGGACCAAAUAUGAAGACCUUCACUUGGAAGAUUUAUUUAUAGGCAACAAAGUGAAUGUCUUUUCUCGACAGCUGGUCCUACUUGACUAUGGGGAUCAAUAUACAGCUCGGCAACUGGGCAGUAGGAAAGAAAAAACAUUAGCCCUGAUUAAACCAGAUGCAGUAUCAAAAGCAGGAGAAAUAAUUGAAAUCAUAAGCAAAGCUGGAUUUACUCUAACCAAACUCAAAAUGAUGACACUUUCAAGGAAAGAAGCAACAGAUUUUCAUAUAGAUCAUCAGUCAAGGCCCUUUUUAAAUGAGCUGAUCCAGUUUAUCACCAGUGGUCCUAUAAUUGCUAUGGAGAUUUUAAGAGAUGAUGCUAUAUGUGAAUGGAAAAGACUUCUUGGACCUGCAAACUCUGGACUGGCCUGUACAGAUGCUCCUGGAAGCAUUAGAGCCCUCUUUGGAACAGAUGGCAUAAGAAAUGCAGCUCAUGGCCCUGAUUCUUUCGCUUGUGCUGCCAGAGAAAUGGAGUUAUUUUUUCCUUCGAGUGGAAUUUGUGGGCCAGCAAACACUGCUAAAUUUACCAGCUGUACUACUUGUUGCAUUGUUAAGCCCCAUGCCAUCAGCGAAGGACUGCUGGGAAAGAUUCUGAUGGCCAUCCGAGAUGCAGGUUUUGAAAUUUCAGCUAUGCAGAUGUUCAACAUGGAUCGAGUUAAUGUUGAAGAGUUUUAUGAAAUUUAUAAAGGAGUCGUGUCUGAGUAUAAUGAAAUGGUGACAGAAAUGUAUUCUGGCCCUUGUGUAGCAAUGGAGAUUCAACAGACUAAUCCUACAGUGACAUUUCGAGAAUUCUGUGGACCUGCUGAUCCUGAAAUUGCCCGGCAUUUACGCCCUGGAACCCUCCGAGCAAUCUUUGGUAAAACUAAGAUCCAGAAUGCUGUCCACUGUACUGAUCUACCAGAGGAUGGCCUAUUAGAGGUUCAAUAUUUCUUCAAGAUAUUGGAUAACUAGCAGUGUAGAAAGUAAAGAAGUCACAGGUUGUGGUGUUUAGACAAGAGUGAAUCACACAUGAGGAAUGUGUUCAUUCUUUUAUUGUCCAUUGUUUUAACCUGACUGAAUACAAGAUCAACAAGAGCACUGUACUCCUGGCAAUUAUGACAUAUGUUAGAACAUGGAUUUUGCACUGCAGACAACAUUUAACACCAGUCUAUGGGGUACUGCAUUGCUUUUUAUAAAGUCCAAAAUAAAGAUUUAUU